AUGCCACCCCCGGCCUCUGCUGUCGAUUUCUCCAACCUGCUGAACCCACAGUCCAACUCGAGUGAGGACGACUCCCAACCGACGUCCACCUCGACGCCAGCAUCCUCGUCGCCGGCUUCGUCGUCUCCCGUGACGGAACAACAGUCUGACUCGAACAUGACGUCCUCCGUCAGCUUGCUCCCUCCCCUCAUGAAGGGCGCGCGGCCCCAGACCGAAGAGGUGCGACAGGAUCUCCCUCGUCCAUACAAGUGUCCCCUCUGUGAUCGCGCAUUCCACCGUCUUGAGCAUCAGACCAGACACAUUCGGACGCAUACGGGCGAGAAGCCUCAUGCCUGCCAGUUCCCCGGCUGCACUAAGCGCUUCAGCCGGUCCGAUGAGUUGACUCGUCACUCGCGGAUACACAACAACCCCAACUCGAGGCGGAGUAACAAGGCACAGCACAUUGCGGCCGCGGCGGCUGCGGCUGCCGGGCAGGACAAUUCGAUGCUCAACUCCUCGGCGUCGAUGAUGCCUCCGCCCAGCAAACCAAUCACUCGAUCGGCCCCCGUGUCUCAAGUGGCGUCGCCAGAUGUCUCUCCGCCGCACUCGUACUCCAACUAUGCCUCUCACAUGCGCUCGAAUCUGGGGCCCCACCGAGCCUCGUCAGGCAUGGAUAUCAACCUGCUGGCGACGGCAGCUUCGCAGGUGGAGCGCGAUGACCACCCGGGGUACCACCACAGCAGCUCGCGCAACCAUCAUCUGUUCAGCUCGCGCCAUCAUGGCAGCACCGGUCGUCUCCCUUCUCUUUCCGCCUACGCGAUCUCACAUAGCAUGAGCCGUUCUCACUCGAACGAGGAUGAUGAGAGUUACGGGCACAGGAUCAAGCGAUCCCGUCCGAACUCGCCCAACUCAACCGCGCCAUCGUCCCCGACCUUCUCGCAUGAUUCCUUGUCACCCACGCCAGACCACACGCCGCUGGCUACUCCGGCACACUCGCCGCGCCUGCGCCCGUUUGGCUCGAGUGACCUGCAGCUGCCGUCAAUCCGCCAUCUGUCGCUCCAGCACACUCCAGCUCUGGCGCCGAUGGAACCGCAGCCUGACGGUCCGAGCCUGUACACCCCCAGCCAACCCCAUGUGGGCCCCAGCAUUAGCGACAUCAUGUCGCGGCCCGAUGGGACACAACGAAAGUUGCCCGUGCCGCAGGUGCCCAAAGUGGCUGUACAAGAUAUGCUAAACCCAGGUAGCGGGUUCUCGUCGGGAUCGUCAUCCGCCAACGCCUCCCUUGUCGGGGGUGACCUAGGCGACCGAUUCUAA